CCCACAUCAGCACAUGCACUGGCCAAUCAAGCAGUGCCUCAUUCGAGUUGCUAAACCUCACCCAACUCCCGGCACCGCCAACCGUCGUCAUUAAGCCGCGGACCUCGACACUUUACAGCCUCAUCCCGAGCCGAAACAACGCAGAGAUGGCGUCACGAAACCCCCAAUUCAGUGAGAAGCAUCUCAUCGACACAACCCCCCUGCCCGCCUCGAUCCCCAAGGUCAAGGAGCUCGGCGCCAGCUCCGCCCCCCUCCAGUCAGCUUCUUUCUUCAUCGGUGCCCGGUGCAAGGACUACAACGAUGAUUUCAUGAAGUGCAAGACCGAGAACCCCGGCAAGGGCGAAUUCGAAUGCUUGAAGGAGGGCCGGCGGGUCACCCGAUGUGCGAGGAGCGUUAUUGAAGACAUCAACAAGUCUUGCCUUGAGGAGUUCCGCGCCCAUUACGAGUGCCUAGACAACAACAACCAGCAGUUGUGGCAGUGCCGGCCAGCUGAGUGGCGCCUGAACAAAUGUGUAUUCCACAACCUGAAACUCGAGAAGACCAUCCCAGACGCCGCUGGCAAGAUCCCCGUACACCAGCGAGCACAACAGAUAUACGCACACGCACCGAUCCCAUUCCAGCCACAUGCCAAGUAUGAUGACGCCAAGUCGUCAUAGGAAUGGCCAACAUUUACACUGCUAGAUCGAGUGGGCGUUGGUCGACUGCAAUGGACGAGAGUACCAUCUCGUGGACACAGAAAGUGUGUACAUACUCUAGAAAUGGCGAGAGUCGAAAGAACACGGAAACUUUGGCAACUUUUAGGACCCAAUCACUGGCUCGCACAUUGCGACGCGACGGUUCUGGUCUUCGGCUUCCUCACGCUGGUCUAAAAGACAAGGUGAAUUUCCCGGUGACGCUGCUGGUGAGGACCCAAGGGCGACAAUUCCGCCAGAUUUCUAGGAGUUUCUGUACCCCGUUCGAAAAUGGCAAAGAAAAUUAGAGUGGCUUCCACGGCAGCAUCGAGCCACGCGCAUGCUCAGUGACAGUGUGUAGAACCAAGGCAGUCCCAAAUCAACAUCGAGCGCGAGGUGUGGUGAUUCAGCGAUCUCCUCACUCGUGGUCAACCCCCGGACCACUCGGACGCGAACAAGUACGGUACGACACGCGUCUGGGUCUAACUUGAUGUUCGUGCGAGACCGGCUGGAUAUGUUUGGGUAUGUACACCAAUAAGGGAACAUGAGCGCAGGAGAAUCUGGGUCGUAUUUUCUUGCAUGUACUUUUGACUGCUUCUCGCGUAGCCCUUCUCUUUGUGUAUGUCACAGCAUCGGAGACACCACCAUAAGGGGAGAAGGCUGCGGCUACCUGCCGUAGCCACGUCCAAACACAUAUUGCAGGCCUCGGUCCAGACCACGUUACGCUCGUGUGCGCUGAAAGGUCGUAACAAUCAGCACGCGCUUGCCACCAACCCUCUCGACUUGUUCCAAUCUAAAACACAUAAGCCCCCUCUCUUAGCCCUCACUUCCCAAAGUCGCUUCCAGAUCCCAGAGGGACGGACAUAGACCCCCAAACCAGAAGCCUUGUCUCUCCACCCCCCGAGACAAGACGGCUAGACCUGACAGACGGGCAUGGGUUGACGUUGCUAGGCGGCUGGGCACCAAUCGAAACAUUGUCCCAGCCAGCCAAUCUGUCUGAGCCAGCCAGCCAGUAUCUUGUCUUGUUUAUCCCCGCAUCUACAAUCGGAUGAACACACACUCGUGCGACCGAAACAGCUGAACCAAGAACCCCCCCACCCGCGCGCUGUAUUUUCCAAAAGGUGCUCCUUCGGCACCCGAGGCGACCGGAAGCCGGCAUCGUCAUGCGCAGCGUUCACAGCAUGGUGAGGCAAGCCACGAGGCGGCAGUCCGAACCAGGCUGUCACCUUUCGGCCGUGAGGGACGGUCUCUCACCUUAUGGGCAUUCACAGCAUGUGGUUAUUUGUCGGAUGGGACAAAAUCUAGGCAUGCUGUAUGAAGUUGCAACCAUGGCUCCUAUCCGACUUGCUGGAUAGCACCGCACAGCCGGG